AUGGCCGCCACACCAAUAUCUGCUGAGGAACAGGAGGAACUUAGGGAAGCUUUUGCCAAAAUUGACGUGGACAAUAACGGGUUCAUCAGCAAAGAUGAGCUCCAUGAGCUCUUCAAGGCAGCCAACCUGUCUCUACCUGGGUACAGAAUCAGAGAGAUGGUCCAGGAGAUGAUGAAGACCAGCGACAGGCUCACCUUUGAAGAGUUCACCGAGAUAGUCCACGGGCUGAAGAGCAGUGAAGUGGCCAAAACCUUCAGGAAAGCCAUCAAUAAGAAGGAGGGGAUCUGUAAUGUGGCAGGAACGUCAGAGCAGUCAGGCACUCAGCAUUCAUACUCAGAGGAAGAGAAGGUGGCCUUCGUGAACUGGAUCAACAAAGCUCUGGAAAAGGAUCAAGACUGUAAACAUGUUCUGCCGAUGGAUCCCAACAACAAUGACCUGUUCACCAGCAUAGGAGACGGCAUCGUCCUCUGUAAAAUGAUCAACCUGUCUGUCCCGGACACCAUUGAUGAGAGAACCAUCAACAAGAAGAAGCUCACUCCCUUCACCAUCCAGGAGAACCUAAACCUGGCUCUGAACUCGGCGUCAGCUAUUGGCUGCCAUGUGGUGAACAUCGGAGCUGAAGACCUGAAGGAGGGCAGGCAGCACCUGGUCCUGGGUCUGCUGUGGCAGGUCAUCAAGAUCGGCUUGUUUGCCGACAUCGAACUCAGCAGAAAUGAAGCUCUGAUUGCUCUGCUGCGUGACGGGGAAAGUCUGGAGGAUCUGAUGAAACUUUCCCCUGAGGAGCUGCUGCUGCGUUGGGCCAACUAUCACCUGGAGGAGGCCGGCUGUGGCAGGAUCAAUAACUUCAGCUCUGACAUCAAGGACUCCAAGGCGUACUACAACCUGCUGAACCAGGUGGCACCUAAAGGAGACGAGGAGGGAGUCCCCCCCAUCGUCAUCGACCUGUCAGGACUCCGGGAGAAGGAGGACAUAAAGCGAGCAGAGUGCAUGCUGGACCAGGCCGACCGCCUCGGCUGCAGGCAGUUCGUCAUGCCGGCAGACGUCGUCCGUGGCAACCCCAAGCUCAACUUGGCUUUUGUUGCCAAUCUGUUCAACAAGUACCCGGCCCUGAAGAAACCAGAGAACCAGGACAUCGACUGGAGCUCCAUCGAAGGUGAAACCAGAGAAGAACGAACUUUCAGGAACUGGAUGAACUCGCUGGGUGUUAACCCUCGAGUCAACCAUCUCUAUGCAGACAUCGAUGAUGCUAUUGUGAUCUUCCAGCUGUAUGAAAAGAUCAAAGUUCCAGUCGACUGGGACCGAGUCAACAAGCCUCCCUACCCCAAGCUUGGCAGCAACAUGAAGAAGCUGGAGAACUGUAACUACGCUGUGGAGCUGGGCAAAAAGGAGGCCAAGUUCUCUCUGGUUGGCAUCGCCGGUCAGGACUUGAACGCAGGAAAUCGAACCCUCACCCUCGCUCUGCUCUGGCAGCUCAUGAGGAGGUACACCCUGAACAUCCUGGAGGACCUCGGCGACGGACAAAAAAUAAUUGACGACACCAUCGUGGUGUGGGUCAACGAAACCCUCAAACAGGCUGAAAAAGGCACCAUCUCCAGCUUUAAGGACACGUCAAUCAGCAGCAGCAUGCCGGUUCUGGACCUGAUCGAUUCCAUCCAGCCCGGAUCCAUCAGAUAUGACCUGGUGAAAUUUGAGGACCUGACAGAGGAAGAGAAGCUUAACAACGCAAAGUACGCCAUCUCCAUGGCCAGAAAGAUUGGUGCGCGGGUCUAUGCCCUGCCCGAGGACCUGGUGGAGGUCAAACCAAAGAUGGUGAUGACGGUGUUCGCCUGCCUCAUGGCCCGAGGCUUGAGGGGCUGAAGACCCCACAAACCCGGAGCAGCCCCACCACGACACAAAUACAUUU